GUGGAUGGUUCAUAUAUGUUUGGGUAUUUAGAAAGUCGUCCGCCUGGGGGUAGAGAUGGGAGGCUAUUUACAGCUGACAACAAUUUCCUGCACAACAGGUAAAUAAAAUAGUAUCCGUGCAAAUGAAUAAUAAAUGCUUGGCAGCCAGCAGGGCCAUGAUUGGAUUCACUGCUGUGUUGUAAAUGCCAGUAGCUCUCUGCAUGCUGUCACAAUCAGCUGCACGAUGAUGUGCACACACAAGCAGGGGCCCUGUUGAGAUGAGCUACAUUAAUCCUACAUUACAAGCUGCUGUUUACAAAAUCAAUAGUGCAGAACAUGUUUGCAUGAAUCCUGCACUUGAUAUCUGUCAGCAGGUCCAUGCUCUCAUGUCCUCUUCCUAAUCCGCUCCAGGAGACGAUUCUUUUGUAUAUACAAAAUUAUAAAAUAAACCUCUGUAAUUGUAUGGAUGAGAAUUACAGGCAAAACAUCACAGAUGUGGUUGAGUUUAGCCAGUGCAGGGAGAUGCAUGCGCCUUCAUGUUCUGUUGCUACAAAGAUUGAUAUAUUGUCAAAUAUUUUUGCAUGCAGACACAGAAUUUGUCCAUGUUUAGCAUCACUUAACAUUAAUUUUUUCAGUUGAUAAGCGAAAGUUUCAAUUAUUUUUAUUACAGCACACUCUAAGGCUCAAGGCAUAAUUUAAACCCAAGUAAACAUGUUUAUAUGUAAUGAAUACUCUGAUUUUACUGUAAUAUGUCUAUUUCUAUCCUCCGCAGCUAUUUCCUUCUGUACUCAUAACAGAUAUGGCAGCGUAGGGUUGUCCUGUUUGUUGCUUUGCAGCUUAGUGACACAUUAUUCUGAUCUGACCCUAAUCCCUCAGACAGUCUGCGUUCUCCUGUGUCUCACACUCAUAGAUGUCCCACUAUUAACCUGCAGGUUACAGCUUCCUGGUGGAAACCAGGUCUUGUUGCAAGCAGCUGCUCUGACGGGGGAUCCUAAAGGUCACGAUGUAGCAAUAUGCAGUUUGUUCAGCUUAGAUCCAUGAAAUCUGCAGAUGAAACCAUGGUGUGUACAAUAGAAAAAAAAAAGUACUUUUAGUAACUUUCAGUUAUUUAUAAUUUGUAAUAUGGUUGUGUCUGGUUCAAAUGACAACAUUUAUCUUCAGGUAAUCCUCACAUUGUUUCUCUGUUGCCAUCACAAUGUCAAUGUUUGUGGUUGAGGAUGAAGACAAGCAUCAUCUAACUCCCUCUGAGCUAAUCUGGAGUUAUUUGAAAUUAACUGUGGCAAGGUGGAGAAAUGAGGGCCCGGGCGGGAUUCGAUCCCCAGACUCCCGGGUGAGAGUCACCAGUCAGCCAAAGGGAUAUCCCCUUGGCCAAGUAACCAGGGGCAUGAUCAGUCGGGUCACUGUGACAGGACGCUCACACUGCCACACUACAAGAGCAAGAGCUAUUCAAGUGGGGGCCAUCAGAUUCUGGGCCUUUAUUUAUUGAUUAAUGUAUGACCAAAUUUCUGCUAAACUAACAUUUGCAUCAGUUUUUGGCUUUUUUUUAAAUCUGAAAAUCCAGCCGUUGUUUGCAGAAACAGUAAAGAUCUCAUGAAGAUUGUCUUUUUGUUAUAAAAAAGAUUUUUUUUAAGUAGCCAUUUUUUCAAAAAUAAAUUUAGAACGUGACUGCAAGAAACUAUAAUAAUUAAGUUGAAUCUGUUUUUAUUUAAUUAAUUGUCACUGAAUAAAUUAAUUAAGCAGAAAUCAAUUCUGUUUGUGAAACUCAAAGUGUUCAGACCUGCGCUGGCAGCUUGUGUUAGCAUGCACCUCAAAAUAUUUCCGUUAUAAAUCACUGAAAAGCUUUUAGUCAACAUCACAGUCUCUGUCUAGGUCACACCCUCCUGCAUCUAAUCCAAACAACCAUUCCAACACAAUAAGGCAAAACGACAUCGGUGAUGUCUCGGGGGGGCUGGAAGGUGUCAGAACGGUUAAGAACUGAACUGAGAAGACCGGGAGUUCAGCUGUAGUAUGGAGUGUGUGACCAAAACAUGGAGAUACAAGCGUUGGGCCGGACCACACACAGUAGGGAUGCAACAAUACCACUUUUUUUCAAACUGAUACGAUACCGAUGCUUGGAUCUGAUUACUCGCCGAUACCGAUACUUCUAGCACACAGAAAUUGCUAUGCAUUGGAAUGUAGGUUUUAUUUUCUUCUCUGCUUUCAACAGCAAAAGACUGUGAGGUAGAUAAAAAGUAAAAUAUAUGAAUAGAAAUGAUCAUAAAACUAAAAUAUUAGGUGAACAGAAACGACAAGUUACAGUGAAGCCACUUUUAAGUGACUGCAUUGGUAUCGGUUACCUUUUACCGAUACCAGAAUCGGUAUCCUUAACACGCAGUAAUUAUAGGUAACGUCGUACGAGGUUUGAAGGGAAACAAACUCAUAGCGCGUAACCAGAAAAGAAAGGCGUAGGAGAUCCCGUGACCUGAAAACUUCUGGAGAAUGGAAUGAUGGGAAAUGAAGUUUAAUGCUUAGGUGAAAGUUGGUGCAGCUGAGUGGGAACCGUGGCAGUAGGGGUUCUCCCAUAUUACAGUCAGGACUGACAAAGCUCCUCAGAUGAAAAGCGAAACGUCUUUAAGAAACCAAAGAAGUCCAGUUGCCUUCAUUUGAAUCCUUUGGAUUAUAGUGAUGUUUGUAUAAAUCUUUAUUCUGUUGUCUUCUCCUUUAUCUAUGAGGGUAAAAAUGGUAUUAUAUGCAUCUGAACUUUCCUUUUACACCAUCUACUUGAGUGUUUUCUGUGUAAUUUAACAUUUCCACCGUUUAAUCUCUAACAGCAUCUUUUAUAAUCUUAAUCUAUAGUUAAUAUUAAGAUGAUGGAAACCAAGCAGCACCCCUCUCCUGUGUCCUCAUCUCGUAGACCGUUUACUUUUGUCACUUGUUGUUUGGAGAGAAUCUCUCUAAUCCUCGUGUGUGAUUGGCUGGUGGUGUGAUCUGCCGCUUUCAGCCAAUCAUGGCACUCGGAUUAAAGAGGAAGUCAAUCCAAUAGAGUUUUUACCUCGCCUGUACAAAUCUCACUGAUCCAGGAAUAGAAAACACCAGACUCCACUUCACACUUCUGAGUGAUUUAGCCUCUUUUUGCUCCUUUUCCUUCGGGAUCAUCGAACAACUGAAAAUCUGUAGAAAAUCUCUCCUGCUGAUUCCGCCAAGAAGGCUCAAAUAACAGAGAUGCCGUCCCUGUUUGGAGCAGACCCACCUCGGGAGAAGAAGAUCGGUCACAGGAGGGUGGACGCCUCUGGAGAGACAACUUACAAAAAGACCACCUCGUCUGCCCUGAAAGGCGCCAUCCAGUUAGGGAUCGGAUACACCGUCGGCAACCUCAGCUCCAAACCGGAGCGAGACGUCCUCAUGCAGGAUUUCUACGUGGUGGAAAGCAUCUUCUUCCCCAGCGAAGGCAGCAACCUCACCCCGGCUCAUCACUUCCCAGACUUCAGGUUUAAGACCUACGCUCCCGUGGCUUUCCGCUACUUCAGAGAACUUUUUGGGAUCAGACCAGACGACUACCUUUUUUCACUGUGCAACGAGCCGCUGAUCGAGCUGGCCAAUCCCGGAGCCAGCGGCUCCAUCUUCUACGUAACCCGUGACGACGAGUUCAUCAUCAAAACCGUCCUGCACAAGGAGGCUGAGUUCCUGCAGAAGCUGCUUCCUGGUUAUUACAUGAACUUGAAUCAGAACCCCCGCACUUUGCUGCCUAAGUUCUUUGGACUCUACUGCGUCCAGUGUGGAGGCAAGAACAUCAGAAUUGUUGUUAUGAACAACAUUUUACCGUGCUCUGUGCGCAUGCACCUUAAGUUUGAUCUGAAGGGCUCGACGUACAAGAGACGGGCAUCCAAGAAGGAGAAGGAGAAAUCCAAACCCACUUUCAAGGACCUGGAUUUCCUGAACGACGUUCCUGAAGGCCUCAUUCUGGAUCAGGACACAUACAGCGCUUUGGUCAAAACGCUGCAGAGAGACUGUCUGGUUCUGGAGAGUUUUAAGAUAAUGGACUACAGUUUGCUGCUUGGCGUCCACAACAAGAGUCUUGCAGAGAGGGAGCAACAGUCCCAGGGCUCCCCCACAGCUGGGGGCGAUGAGAAGAAGCCUGCAGGCCAGAGAGCUCUGUACUCCACAGCUAUGGAGUCCAUACAGGGGGGGUCCACAUGCAGGGACACACUGGACCAUGAAGACACUAUGGGUGGCAUUCCUGCUGCGAGUGGGAAAGGAGAGCGCCUCCUGCUGUUCAUUGGAAUUAUUGACAUCCUUCAGUCAUACAGAUUGAUCAAGAAACUUGAGCACUCUUGGAAGUCUCUCAUCCACGACGGAGACACCGUGUCCGUCCACAGGCCCGGCUUCUACGCUGAGAGGUUCUACAGGUUCUGCAGCUCAGUCGUCUUCAGGAAAAGCAGCUCUUUGCGAUCAUCUCCCUCUAAGAGAGGCAGAGGAAUGCCGUCCAAGUCCAGUGCUGGAACCGGGUCAACUGGGCAGCGCCCUUCGCUGUGUGAUGAAAGGCAAGACAACUUUGAGAACCUGAGAGGAGCUCGCAACCUUCCCAUGCUGGAUGACAACAGUAGGGAUCCUCCUUCCUUUGAAGACGCCACUACAGCAUCCAUCGCCACGACUCUGUCGUCUAACAACUCUUUACCCACCUCGCCGUUCGACACACCAGAACAUCCACGCUCCAGAAGACAGAUGGCUUCACCGAAUGUGGCCAGAUCACAAAAAGAAGUUGUCGAGGUUCACGGUGAUCGCCAGGAGACCAUAACCGUAGAGGUGGAGCUGAGCAAAAUCCCACAGAGCACCGAGCUCACACAGAUGACUGGAAUCAUCUCCUCCAACCAACAAUCAUCCCAUCAGACAGUCUCCUCAUCUUCCGCAUAUUCCUCCACCACUCUUCCUCCCUCUUUUGUGUCAUCCUCCUCUUCUUCUGCUCAGUGUGCUGCUCAGUCAUCCGCAACACUCUCCACAUCCAUCCGUCCAUCCAACAAACCCCUCACCUCCCCGGAAGCGCUUCAGUCUUUAACCCCUCCUUCUCUGGUUUCUAAACCAGCCGUGCAACCUACAAGCACCGCCUCCCUCCCUCCCGCCUCAGCUUUCACCCCUAUCUGCACUGCGUCCUCUCUCUCCCCCACACCUCCCUCCUCUCAGCAUCUCCCAUCAACACCUCCCUCCUCCUCCCCCUCAAGCCCCCAGGUGUCUCAGCAGGUGCCACAAAAUCAGCUCUCAGUGUCCAGCAGCCACGACUCGCUGGACGGGGAGGUGCAAGUUUCUGACAUUUACUUCUAUGCGGAUGGACGAUAUUGGGUGUACUCUCCGGUUCUUGGCCGUCGUAAACUUAACUCUAGUUCAAGUUACAAUACUCAGGAGGACCAGAGCUGGGUGAAUUCUCCUUUUCACUACCGCUCCGAGUCCAGAAAAGGCUCCGAUGGUGGGAGUGAGACAUAAUCCCCCUGUGGGGACGACAGUGAUGGGUGGAGUCCUCGAGUACAAAAGCGGUGAUGUUUUGCCGAUAAAGCCACGAGGAUGCUGCAGACUUACUGCCGUUUGAUGGGUGAUGAAGCUUUCAUCUAAAAAAAAAAAAUUGGGAAUGCAUUUUGACAAAUUAAAAUGAAAGAACAGAAAAAAAAUCAGUAGCAGCAUGAUUUACUGAACAUCAGUUAUUGGACAAUGUGUUUAAAAAUGCAAACUAUCUGUUGUUACAUAAUUUUCCUGAGAGUUUGGAUGCAGAAGCAGCAGCAGCUUAAAGAGCGAAGCGGGUCCAGACUUCUGUCCCUUCUCUGCCUAUGCAAUAUCAGUUACAGAUUUCUCUUAUUGACUCUUUCCGUAUUUCUGUCACUAGCAGCAUGUCGGUUUGUAGGCUUUUGUUUUAGGCUCUUUAUCAGUGUUCACACUCCAACCACCGUGUAUUCACUACGUUCUUACUCUCCCUGUGCUGUGUACUGGUCCAUUUAGAGAAUCUGGCAUAAGAGGUUGUGUUCAAAUGGCCUUACUAACUCUUUAAUAUAAACACUUUGUAUGCAUCUUCCACUAAAACACAACUAUUAAAAAUAUCUAUCUGUAAUUAAAUGCCAACUAUUUUUAGCAGAGUGAUUAAAAUGCAUUAUAGAAGGAUAAUAAGAAGCAAUAGAUCUAAUAGUUUCUAUUUUUUGUAAACUGUUGGUUUGCAUGUGCUUAAGCACAUACUUGAUCUUGUGUUGCCGUGUGUGCGCACGUGCAUGGGUUUGCAUGCCAAAAUGUAAGAUGGGGACUUUUUUCUCUCCUCUCUUUUUUGUCAGAUUGUGAAAAAAGUUUUUUUUUAGUCAGCUGAGAGCUUGAAGCAGCUACGAGCUUGUUGGCUCUGUGUGGAGAACAAAACACGCUUGGCUCGGUUUCCACCAACACUGGAGAGAAAUGAUUACACCAGUCUAAAACCAAAUGUUCCCCAGUUUGCAUAUGGUGUGGUUAAAAACAGAAAUGGCUGUUUUUAUUGGUCCCCUGUGUGAUAACAUGCUGAAACAACAAUCAGAAUCAUUUGACCCCUGUUUGAGUGUGAAACACCACUUAUUCAUUUUUUUACUGUUUAAAUUCAGAUUGCUGAUGUUAACCUGCCUGUUUGUGGGCAACAGUGUUUGUAAUUUAUCACUGUGAACAAUCUAAUAAAGUUAUAUUGUGUUAAUGA